AUGUGCUUCGCAUGCUUCGCCAAGAUUCGAUUCGUCGACGCCAAGCAUCUCAUUGCCUCAUCACUAUUUGCACAUUAUUUCGCCAUGAAGGCGUCGCUCAUCUCAGCUGUUGCCCUGGUUCCUGUGGCUCUGGGCGCGACUGUUCCCAGAUCUGCGAAGGUCGACUAUACUGGCUUCAAGGGUCUUCGCAUUACUCUCCCCGAGGGCUCCGAGAACUUGGCCGACCAGAUUAACGAGUUAGCUGCAACGAUCUUGAACCCCGGCGCCAAGGAACAGUUCGAUGUCGUCGUAUCUCCCGACAAUGUCGACGCCAUCAGCCAGCUGGCUGUAAACACCACGAUUCUCCUCGAGGACGUCGGUGCUGCUUUUGCGGAUGAAGAUAUGGCAACGGUUUAUGCUGUCCCCAGCGAAACCUGGUUCACUUCUUAUCACAGCUAUGCCGACCACUUGACUUUCUUGAGAGACCUCCAGAGCAGCUUUCCCGGCCAAUCUGAAAUCACUACCGCGGGCUCAUCUUUCCAAGGCCGAGCGCUCACCGGCAUUCAUAUCUGGGGAAGCGGCGGCAAAGGGUCCAAGCCGGCUGUUGUUCUCCACGGCACCGUUCACGCUCGCGAGUGGAUUAGCACGAUGACUACAGAGUAUGUGGCUUGGCAACUUUUGACAAAGUACGCAACAGACUCUGCCAUCAAGGCCGUGGUUGAUAAGUUUGACUGGUACAUCACUCCUGUGGUGAACCCAGAUGGCUUUGUUUACACUCAGUCCACUGACCGUCUCUGGCGCAAAAAUCGCCAGACCAACACCGGCAGUUCCUGCGUCGGCCGCGACCCCAACCGUAACUGGCCGUAUAAGUGGGAGCUGACCGGAGGUGCUUCGACAAGCCCCUGCGCCGAGACUUACAAGGGGGCUGCCGCCGCCGAUACCCCAGAAAUCAAGGGCCUUAAGGCGCAGAUCGACUCUUUGUCUGCCAGCAGGGGUAUCACCCUCUACCUCGAUGUCCACUCCUACGGACAGUACAUCCUUUGGCGUAAGUCCAUCCUCUGGAUUGAUCAUGUGAGAGUACAGUUUGAACUCAAAUGGUUAUACAUAGCUUAUGGAUAUGAUUGCAACUACGUCGCUCCCGAUGACGCUGCGCUACAAAGCAUGGCCCAGCGCGGUGCGACCGCUAUCCGUGGCGUUUCCGGCACCAGCUACACUAUUGGCAAUGCUUGCCGUGCUCUGUACGCGACCACAGGCGAUAGUACCGACUACGUUCACGGCGUUGCCAAGUCCAAGUACACGUACACCAUUGAGCUUAGAGACAGAGGAACCUACGGCUUUUCACUUCCGGCAAGUCAGAUCUCGGCUACUGUGAAGGAGACUUGGGCAGGAGUUCUUGCCAUGGCCCAAGCUGCAUGA